AUGCUUGAAGACGAGAAACCAACAAUUGUCCUGAUUCCAGGAGCCUGGCAUCUAGGCAGCACGUACGAGCCUGUUGCAGAGCUCCUCCGGAAGCAGGGAUAUCCUGCCCAUACAAUGACCUUGCUGUCUGCUGGUGGCCCUACUUCCACGACUGCUGUGGACGACGCAGAGCAUAUUCAGAGCACCCUCCUCAAUGAUCUCAUUGCCCAGGGAAAGGAAGUGGUUCUGGUUUUGCACUCGUACAGUGGAGUUCCCGGCUCAAUCUGCACCCGGGGCCUAACCCGCAAAGACCAAAUUACGGAAGGCAAGAAAGGUGGAGUGGUUGCGCUAGUAUAUGUGACGGCAUUUAUGCUUAGGGAGGGACAAUCCUUAGACUCGUUCCUAGGUGGCAUGGAAAAGAGGAAUACUAUUGUUUUCGAGGAAGACAAAGCCAUCAUGACCGAUCCAGCGGCAAGGUUUUAUAAUGACCUUGACGAGGAAACAAUAGCAAAGUGUCUUGCUUUAUUACAGUAUCAGGCCAAGCCCACCAUGUACUCCCCGCUCACAUAUGAGGCAUAUCGUGAUGUACCGGCCACUUAUCUCCUAUGCGAGAAUGACAGGGCUAUUCCGCUGGUGAAACAACAAGAAAUGGUUGAUAAGGCUGGAGAAGGAAUUAAGAUUCGUAUCUGCAAAGCAGGACAUUCGCCGAUGCUGAGCAUGCCGCAGUUGGUGACAGAUGUCAUUCACAAGGCUGCUAGUGCUGCCAGAGCCACACGAAGCGUCCUUCCUUGA